UAUAUUAGUAGUUAAUUUCACAUUUGUAUAACAUUAGUGCAUAUAUUCUGAUGUAAUCAAAAAAUUGUCAAUAGUUAUUCAAAAUUUAACACUUAGAAUAAAAAUGAAGUAUUGGCAUUUGAAAUCUCUAUUGUUGAUAAUAUCUUGUGUAAUAUUUAACGGAGCGAUUCAAUAUUCAGAUGACGGUAUAAAAUGCCAAUUUCAAAAAGGUACCACCAGAAAAGCUGCUGAAGAUGGAAACUUAGAAAUUUUAAUAUAUGCUCAUAAAAAUGGAUGUCAAUGGGAUGAUGAUACGACUAUUGUAGCAGCUGCAAAAGGUAAUUUGGAAUGUUUAAAAUAUGCUCAUGAAAAUGGGUGUGAAUGGAACGAAGAAACAACAAAGGCUGCAGCUACAAAAGGAAAUUUAGAAAUCUUAAAAUAUUUACAUAAAAAUGAAUGUCCGUGGAAUAAAAGCACAACAGAAGCAGCUGCAAAAUAUGGUAAUUUGGAAUGCUUAAAAUAUGCUCAUGAAAAUGGAUGUCCUUGGAAUGAAUUACAAAUUGUACAAAGUGCUAUUAAAAAUACUGAUCUAGAUAUUUUAAAAUAUGCUCACAAAUAUAUACAUAAAUUAAAUAUAGUUCUAACUAUCAUAGCUGCUCGUGCAGGUAAUAUAGAAAUUUUAAAAUAUGCACAUAACAAUAAAUGUUUAUGGGAUAAAAGAACAACAGAAGCCGCUGCCAUUUCUGGUAGUUUAGAAUGUUUAAAAUAUGCCCAUGAAAAUGGAUGUCCGUGGGAUGAAAGUACAACAGAAAAAGCAGCUGCUAAUGGACAUUUAGAAUGUUUAAUGUAUGCUCAUGAAAAUAAAUGCCCAUGGAAUAAAAGAACAACUGAAGAAGCUGCUUCAAAUGGUAAACUACAAUGUUUAAAAUAUGCCCAAGAAAAUGGAUGUCCUUGGGGUGAAAGCACGACGGAAGGAGCUGCUAUAAAUGGUAGAUUAGAAAUUUUAAAAUAUUUACAUAAAAACAGAUGUCCGUGGGAUGAAAGAACAACGGAAGCAGCAGCUUCUAAUGGUAAAUUAGAAUGUUUAAAAUAUGCCUAUGAAAAUGGAUGUCCGUGGGAUAAAAGCACAAUAGAAGCAGCUGCUUCUAAUGGACAUUUAGAAUGUUUAAAAUAUGCCCAUGAAAAUAAAUGUGCAUGGGAUGAACGCACAUCACAUAUAGCUGCUAUUUAUGGUGAAUUAUUAUGUCUAAAAUAUGCUCAUGAAAAUGGAUGUCCGUGGGAUGAAAGAACAACGGAAGCAGCUGCUUCUAAUGGUAAAUUAGAAUGUUUAAAAUAUGCCCAUGAAAAUGGAUGUCCGUGGGAUGAAAGAACAACGGAAGCAGCUGCUUCUAAUGGUGAAUUAGAAUGUUUAAAAUAUGCAUAUGUAAAUAGUUGUUCGUGGGAUGAAAGUACAACAGAAAUAGCUGCUGCUAAUGGAUAUUUAGAAUGUUUAAAAUAUGCACAUGAAAAUAAAUGUGAAUGGGAUGAACGUACAACACAAGUAGCUGCUCUUUAUGGUGAAUUAGUAUGUUUAAAAUAUGCUCAUGAAAAUGGAUGUCCGUGGGAUGAAAAAACAACGGAAGCAGCUGCUUCUAAUGGUAAAUUAGAAUGUUUAAAAUAUGCAUAUGUAAAUGGUUGUCCGUGGGUAGAACGCACAACAUAUGUAGCUGCUCUUUAUGGUGAAUUAGUAUGUCUAAAAUAUGCUCAUGAAAAUGGAUGUCCGUGGGAUGAAAGAACAACGGAAGCAGCUGCUUCUAAUGGUAAAUUAGAAUGUUUAAAAUAUGCCCAUGAAAAUGGAUGUCCGUGGGAUGAAAGAACAACGGAAGCAGCUGCUUCUAUUGGUAAAUUAGAUUGUUUAAAAUAUGCCCAUGAAAAUGGAUGUCCGUGGGAUGAAAGAACAACGGAUGCAGCUGCUUCUAAUGGUAAUUUGGAAUGCUUAAAAUAUGCUCAUGAAAAUGGAUGUCCGUGGGAUAAUAACACAACAAAAAGAGCUGCUUCUAAUGGUAAAUUAGAAUGUUUAAAAUAUGCCCAUGAAAAUGGAUGUCCGUGGGAUGAAAGAACAACGGAAGCAGCUGCAAAAUAUGGUAAUUUGGAAUGCUUAAAAUAUGCCUAUGAAAAUGGAUGUCCGUGGGAUAAUAACACAACAGAAGCAGCUGCUUCUUAUGGUAAAUUAGAAUGCUUAAAAUAUGCACAUGCAAAUGGGUGUCCGUGGGAUAAAGCCACAACUAGAGUAGCUGCAUCAGGAGGCUAUUUAGAUUGCUUGAUUUAUGCUCAUGAAAAUGGAUGUACAAUGAGAGUGGUUGCAUCGAAUGGACAUUUAGACUGCAUUAAAUAUGCCCAUGAAAAUGGUUGUGACUGGGACGAAGGCACAACAAGGGAAGCUGCUGCUAGUGGUUAUAUUGAUAUUUUGAUAUAUGCACAUAGAAAUGGAUGUAAUUGGGACGAAGGGACAAUUAGUGGAGCUGCUGCAAAUGGUCAUUUAGACUGUCUAAAAUAUAGUCAUUUAAAUGGGUGUGUGUGGGACGAAGGGACAACAAGACUUGCUGCUGCAAAUGGCCAAUUUGAUUGCAUAAAAUUUGCCCAUGAAAAUUAUUGUCCGUGGAGUAGAGGUACCAUUUAUGAAGCUACUGAAAAUGGUUAUCAAAAUAUAAUUGAUUAUGUCACUGAAAAUGGCUGCCUUAAUUGAUUUUCUGUUGAAAAUUAAUUUUUAUUUAUUUAUGAUGGCUAUUAUUACAUUAUUUUUCAAAUAAAUUAACUUGAAUUUUUAUUUAUAUCUGAGAGGGUAAUGAUUUUCAUAAAAGCAUUUUUGACAGUUUACUUUCUUAAGAAAUAAUAUUUUUGGAUAUAUUACCAAAACUAAUAUGUUAUAUCAUCUGUAAUUUUAACAUAAAAUUUGUUUGAUAAAAAUUUCUCAGCUGUAAGAAUAAUUUUUCCAGAAUACCAUCACCAAACUUUCAUUAAAAAAA